AUGUGUUUCUGUGUUGUUUUCCACGGCCCACCUGUGAACGGCCUUGUGAAGCGCCGCGUGACAGCGGCACAUCGACUGAUCGUCUGUGGUGAGGUAGCGCUGGUGGCGAGUCCGGUGGUUUGCCGGUGUGGUCAGUCGCCGCCGUCCGCUGUUGGGUCCUCUGACAUUACGAGGUUAUUUAUGUCCGACAGGCUGUCAGGCCGGCUCAUCCGAUCGAGGCCAGUUCCUCGACAGCGUAUGCCGGCGGCGAACACCUACAAAUAA